AUUGUUGAUAUAUAUAUGGGUGUGCGUGGGUACCUGUUUGUGUGCAAAGGUGGGCUUGUGGGUGUCCCAACAAGAUUUAGUUUAGUCCCAUUUUCAAACACUCCUGGAAUAGACUACUCUUCUCUCAUGAAGGAAACACUUAGGUACUUAGCAGGACUUGCAGGUCCCAGUGGUUAUGGCUCAAAUUCAACCGCAGAGCAAGUCACCCGACAUCUCCAUACUUCCGAUUCUCAUCUCACCGCUAUCGUAACCGGGGCGACGUCCGGCAUUGGAGCUGAAACCGCGAGGGUGCUGGCAAAGAGAGGGGUCAGGGUUGUGAUCCCAGCAAGGAACCUGAAGAAAGCAGCUGAGGUGAGGGAGAGGAUUCUGCAGCAAAGCCCAAAUGCUCAGGUCCUUGUGCUGGAGAUUGACCUCAGCUCCUUUACUUCCAUUAGGAGAUUCUGCUCUGACUUCCUCUCACUUCAACUCCCCCUCAAUAUCCUCAUAAAUAACGCGGGAGUGUAUUCUCCAAAGAUGGAGCUCUCUGAACAAAAGGUUGAGAUGACAUUUGCCACUAAUUACUUAGGUCAUUAUCUACUGACUGAGCUGCUAUUGGACAAGAUGGUGGAAACAACAGCAGAAUCAGGAAUCCAAGGGAGGAUAGUGAAUGUUUCUUCAGUGAUUCACAGUUGGGUCAAGAAGGAAUCCUUCUCCUUCAGUCAGAUGCUCCAUCCCAAAACCUACAACGCGACUCAAGCAUAUGCCCAGUCGAAGUUGGCUAACAUAUUGCAUGCCAAGGAACUGGCAAGGCAGCUUCAGGCAAGAAACGCUAGGAUUGCUGUGAAUGCAGUCCACCCAGGAAUUGUCAAGACUGGCAUCAUGAGAGCUCACAAAGGCUUCAUUACAGAUUCAGUAUAUUUUCUUGCAUCCAAGUUGCUCAAGUCGAUUCCUCAGGGAGCGUCGACGACAUGCUAUGUGGCACUCAGCAAGCAGACGGAGGGAGCGAAUGGGAAGUACUUUGUCGACUGCAACGAGAGUAGUUGCUCCUCUCUUGCAGGUGACCAGCUCGAAGCCGAGCAUCUAUGGAAACUCACCCAUGCCUACAUCCACAAACGGCUAUGACGAUUGGACCUAAAUCAGGCUCGCUCUCAACGAAUAUCGAUUUCUUUUCUGUUCUCAUGGAAUUAGAGAAAUUGGUUUUGUAUAUAGAUUUAUAUGCAUUUUGAUCAUAUAAUAUAUAUGUGAUUUUUUUUUCGAUUACAAAGGAAACCAAAAACCUAGUACAAUAAAAGAGAAAUCAUAAAUAGUUAAUAAAGAUUGACAAAUUAUCCGCAAGACAUUGCCUUUUUAA